ACAUGUCACUGUUUCCUGCACCCAACACAAACAACGUCGUUUUCCUCGUAUCGUGUCCGUUUACGCUGAAUCAUGAAAACAAAACAAGAUCCACCACACUGCUCGCUAAUCACGCUCACGCCCAUGGAGAUUCUCAAAACCUCUUCCUUCGUUAGACUCACCGCGCUCGCGCUCUUCUCCCUCACCCUCUUCCUCCUCCUCUUCACGCGCUUCUCCCCCGCGCCUCCUUCCUCCCUCCUCUUCUUCUCCUCCUCCGCCGCAGCACCCUCGCCGGAGCAACCUCCGCCUCCGCCGGGGAAGAAGGCGUUCCCCGUGCCUCCGCUGCCGGCGGUGGAGCGGAUGGGCGUGCUGGACGGCAACGGCGUCAUGACGGAGGAUUUCCGGGUGGGGGAGGUGGGUCCUGCGUUCGACCAGGCUUUGCUAAACGGUGGCGUUUCGAGGGGGGGUGAGGGUGGUGGUGGUGUGAGAGAGAAGGUGGAGAAGUUGAAGGUGUGUGAUGCGAGGAUGGUGGAUUAUGUGCCGUGUUUGGAUAAUUCUGAAGCGGUGGAGAAGUUGAUGGGGGGCGUCAGAGGGGAGAAGUACGAGCGCCAUUGUCCGGAGGAAGGGAUGGGCCUCCAUUGUUUGGUGCCGCCGCCCUCGGGCUACCGGAGGCCCAUUCCUUGGCCCAGAAGCAGAGACGAGAUUUGGUUCAGUAAUGUACCCCAUACACGUUUGGUUGAAGAUAAAGGUGGCCAAAAUUGGAUAUCAAUAAAGAAGGAUAAAUUUGUUUUUCCUGGUGGUGGAACUCAAUUUAUACAUGGUGCCGAUAAAUACUUGGAUCAGAUUUCUGAGAUGGUUCCUGACAUUGAAUUUGGUAGCAAUAUCAGAGUUGCUUUAGACAUUGGCUGUGGAGUGGCAAGUUUUGGCGCCUUUUUGAUGCAGCGUAACGUGACCACUCUUUCGAUAGCACCAAAAGAUGUUCAUGAAAAUCAGAUUCAGUUUGCUCUUGAGCGUGGUGUGCCUGCCAUGGUAGCAGUAUUUGCUACACACCGUUUGUUGUUCCCAAGCCAGGCAUUUGACCUGAUCCAUUGUUCAAGAUGCAGAAUUAAUUGGACUCGUGAUGAUGGAAUUUUGCUUCUUGAGGCCAACAGGCUCCUGAGGGCAGGUGGCUACUUUGUCUGGGCAGCACAGCCGGUUUACAAACACGAAGAGAGUCUUCAAGAACAAUGGAAAGAAAUGGAGAACCUGACAGCUCGCAUUUGUUGGGAACUUGUACGAAAGGAGGGUUAUAUUGCUAUAUGGCGGAAACCUAUGAACAAUAGCUGCUACCUUAGUCGUGAGACUGCUGUGCAUCCUCCAUUAUGUGAGUCCAAUGAUGAUCCAGAUAAUGUUUGGUAUGUUGGUCUUAAGGCAUGCAUUAGUCAAUUACCAAGUAAUGGAUAUGGAGCAAAUGUUACAAAGUGGCCUUUGCGCCUUCAUCAACCACCAAAAAGGCUCUAUAGCAUCCAAUUGGAUGCCAUCAUAUCCAGAGAUGAACUCAUUAAAGCUGAAUCAAAAUAUUGGUAUGAAAUAAUAGAAAGUUAUGUUCGGGCUUUUCGGUGGCAGGAGUACAACCUAAGAAAUGUAAUGGACAUGAGAGCAGGAUUUGGAGGGGUUGCUGCUGCACUGCAUGAUCUCCAGAUUGACUGUUGGGUUAUGAAUGUUGUUCCUGUUAAUGGAUUUAAUACCUUGCCUGUUAUAUAUGACCGAGGGCUGAUAGGAGUUAUGCAUGAUUGGUGUGAACCAUUUGAUACAUACCCUAGAACAUAUGAUCUGCUGCAUGCAGCAGGUCUCUUCACCGUUGAAAAAAAGAGGCAAAAGUGUAACAUCUCAACCAUUAUGCUUGAGAUGGAUCGGAUGCUAAGACCAGGUGGGCGUGUAUAUAUACGCGACACCACACUUGUUAUUGGUGAACUUGAAGAAACUGCAACUGCAAUGGGAUGGUCAAGUUCCAUAAAUGAUGUAGGAGAGGGUCCCUACUCAAGCUGGAAGAUACUAAGGUCUGAGAAACCGUUCUGAAUUGCUCAAUUGUGCCAGUAACUAAUAGAACACCAUAUGUUAAGGUCUCAUGCAACCGGAACAUGGUACUCCACCUGAUAUCUCACAUAGUGCCAGAGAUAUGGCCAAAACUAACCCAUGUAUUUUGUAAAAAGAGAAAAAAAUCGUCUAUAUGACAGAAAUGGUCUUUGUUAGAAUUUGAAUUCAUACUAACAAGUUUUCUUGCAAACACUUGAAAAAAAAGUGUUUGCUUUGUAUCAACCACUACAGCAUUACUAGAUAUGUUUAGACUUUAGAUGAUAAUUUUGUUUAUUUGGUUCUCGUGUAAGCUUAAGUUAUUGUGUAGACUAAAUCAAAUGCUGGAAAUUUGUUUAUUAUGUGACAGAAAGCUUCACCUGUAAUAUGAUCUGAUCCCUCCCACCAGCUUGGGUUUGAAA